GAAGCGGAGCAACAAAGGCUUGUAAAUACAGUAGUCUCUCUUUUGAAAGAAGAGAAUGGAAAUGAAAUAUACAAUACACCACUCUAACAAUUACUCAGGUCGAAUGGCAGACAUUAAACACAAUCUGAAUUCUACCAGGAAAGAAAAGAGAGAUGUGCGGUAUCUUUGCCCACAUUUUCUCCCCAGCUGUUCACACUUCCCUCCCAGAGAAACUAAGAGGCCAGGUCCAGUCCUGUCAUGACCUAUUUGGCCUGUUGAGAGGCCAGGUCCAGUCCUGUCACGACUCAUUUGGCCUGUUGAGAGGCCAGGUCCAGUCCUGUCAUGACUCAUUUGGCCUGUUGAGAGGCCAGGUCCAGUCCUGUCAUGACUCAUUUGGCCUGUUGAGAGGCCAGGUCCAGUCCUGUCAUGACUCAUUUGGCCUGUUAAGAGGCCAGGUCCAGUCCUGUCAUGACUCAUUUGGCCUGUUGAGAGGCCAGGUCCAGUCCUGUCAUGACUCAUUUGGCCUGUUGAGAGGCCAGGUCCAGUCCUGUCACGACUCAUUUGGCCUGUUAAGAGGCCAGGUCCAGUCCUGUCAUGACUCAUUUGGCCUGUUGAGAGGCCAGGUCCAGUCCUGUCAUGACUCAUUUGGCCUGUUGAGAGGCCAGGUCCAGUCCUGUCAUGACUCAUUUGGCCUGUUAAGAGGCCAGGUCCAGUCCUGUCAUGACUCAUUUGGCCUGUUGAGAGGCCAGGUCCAGUCCUGUCAUGACUCAUUUGGCCUGUUGAGAGGCCAGGUCCAGUCCUGUCACGACUCAUUUGGCCUGUUAAGAGGCCAGGUCCAGUCCUGUCAUGACUCAUUUGGCCUGUUGAGAGGCCAGGUCCAGUCCUGUCAUGACUCAUUUGGCCUGUUGAGAGGCCAGGUCCAGUCCUGUCAUGACUCAUUUGGCCUGUUGAGAGGCCAGAUCCAGUCCUGUCAUGACUCAUUUGGCCUGUUGAGAGGCCAGGUCCUGUCCUGUCAUGACUCAUUUGGCCUGUUGAGAGGCCAGAUCCAGUCCUGUCAUGACUCAUUUGGCCUGUUGAGAGGCCAGGUCCUGUCCUGUCAUGACUCAUUUGGCCUGUUGAGAGGCCAGGUCCAGUCCUGUCAUGACUCAUUUGGCCUGUUGAGAGGCCAGGUCCAGUCCUGUCAUGACUCAUUUGGCCUGUUGAGAGGCCAGAUCCAGUCCUGUCAUGACUCAUUUGGCCUGUUGAGAGGCCAGGUCCAGUCCUGUCAUGACUCAUUUGGCCUGUUGAGAGGCCAGGUCCAGUCCUGUCAUGACUCAUUUGGCCUGUUGAGAGGCCAGGUCCAGUCCUGUCAUGACUCAUUUGGCCUGUUGCGGAGGCGGUUGGAGACCCAUGUCUAGUUUCCCCACAGCCCCUGUUGUCCCCUGCUGAGGGAUGUCCUCUGUCCCCUUUGUCUUAAUGCACUAAGCCAGACAGACAGACCCCCCUGAUCAGAACCACAGCACCCUCACGUGAGGGGAAGGCUAAAUGACUAUACGGAGAAGCGGAGACCCUACACAUGGUUAUGCCUCUGUCCUCCUUUCUCAUUCUCUUUCACUCUCUCAGUCUGUCCCUCUACUUCAUUUAGAGGAAAGAGUUGAGGUCAUAGCUCUCCCUCUCUCUCAUGCUGAGUUGAAUUAGCAUCAAGCUGAGACAGAAAGAUAGUGGACAUGGGUAAUUGCAGAAUAGAGGAGUCUGUGUGGCAGAGUGGGCCGUGUCACAAACAGUGCCACCCACCGUGUCACUGGAGGGAUGCAAUGGGACCAGCCUCCCAUAACGGACACCAUAUGUCUGGCAGUGUUAAUUUCCUGUUCAUAUUGAGUAAGA